AUGAGUGACUUUAAAUGCCCGCCUACGUCAGGAAAUUCUGCCCUUGACUACUUCAGUGACGUUGUGAUAGGAAGUAAAUCUUCAAUACCGGAGAAAUUGGAGUACACUCCGGAAGCUGUAGCCAGGAGGGCAGCAAGGAAAAAUUUAAAAAUUCGUUUGAUGUCUCGGGACAGCCGUCUCCUGAAAGUGAAUUAUCAAUAUCUGGAAUGCUCGGAUACGCUGGUCUAUAUGAUAGAUUGUCUGGAUAUUAACGAGGAUAACUCUGUGGAUGAUGCCAUUGACGUUCCGAUGGUUCAUUCGGACAUCCUCAGGAAAAUAUUUCAGUGGGCGAGGAUCCAUGCGAAUACACCAGCUACAGAUGAAAAAACUCGUCAGAAAUUAGAAAAAUAUAACGAAAGAUUCCUGAAUGCCAAUAAACCAGGCCUUGUUGACAUGCUCAUGGCAGCGUACUUCCUUAGAAUAGAUUCUCUAAAGGAGGUUUUAUGUAAGAAAAUCGGAGAAUGUAAAACGUCAACAUUCGAACAAGCGUUCAAAAAAUUAGACAAAUUCAACUGA